AUAUAUCCCUCUGCACAACAUAUUAAUCCAUCACAAACAACAGCUCCGGGUCUAAAGCUAACAAAAACGAAGCAUUUACAGUGAUGCCAAUCGGAAGAGUUCCAAUGAUUUCACAGAGCAGACUUUUAACUGCUUCUGUAAACACCCUUGAAAAUUCAAAAAGCACAAGACAGACACUCGAAAACUUUACGAAUGGCUUUCAAAAAGAUGAGAGAUUGUGGCCUCGACUGAUCGAAAGUGUGAAGGGAAAGUUAAGACUGCAGGGGGCAAAGAUUCUUAAACUGAAAAGAAUGAAGAAUGUUUUUGAGAAAAAUUUUAGUGUCAAACCCGAAGAAAAACUUGUAAAGGCAGCUCAGUGUAAUUUACAAACAACAGCAGGGCCUAUAACUGGCCUUCUCUUCAUUUCUACAGUUAGAGCUGCUUUUUGCAGUCACAAACCGAUUAAGAUUUCUUCUCCCAGUGGCGAGAUUAUUAAAUUCCACUACAAGAUCUCAAUUCCACUGAGAAAAAUAAAGAAAGUCAUCGAGAGCAAGAGUUUGAAGAAACCAUCACACAAGUACAUUCAAGUAGUAACCGAGGAUAAUUUUGAUUUCUGGUUCUUGGGAUUCUUGAAUCACAUUAGCAUCUUGAAAUGUCUUCAGGAGGCUAUUUAUGAGACUCAAUGCCACUAUACUCUAUGACAAAGCUGGAAAUUUGCUACGCACGUUGGUUUUAUGUAUACAAACCAGAUGGACGAGCUUGUACAUUAAUUUUUAGUUUUUAGACUAGAGCAUAUCAUCAGCAUGUAAUUUCUAAACUAGCUUAAUUAAGCAAGAACCAUUUUAUUCA